GUGAGUCAUGAGUUCUAAGAGAAAUAAAAAUAAAGAAACUGUUGAAGAAGAGGAAGAGUAUAUAGUUGAAAAGAUUUUGAAUAAACGAAUAAGAGCCGGGAGAACCGAGUACUUUUUGAAAUGGAAAGGUUAUCCUGAAUCUGACAAUACUUGGGAACCAGAAGAAAAUCUUGACUGCCCAGACAUGAUUGAAGAAUUUGAGGUUCAGCAUAGAAAAAAAGAGGCGGAAAAAAAACACAAGUUAGGGGAUGACAGCUCUCCUGUUCCUGUCAAGAAGGUUAAAGCAGAGGAGGAACGUCCUCGGGGAUUUGAUAGAAAUCUAGACCCGGAAAGUAUUAUUGGUGCCACAGAUACAACUGGUGAACUCAUGUUUUUGAUUAAAUGGAAAAACUGCGAUGAAGCAGAUCUUGUGCCAGCCAAAGUUGCCAAUAAAAGGUGCCCUCAAGUAGUGAUCAAGUUUUACGAGGAAAGACUUACUUGGCACGCGGGAACUUCAACAGAAGAUGAUGACACCAAAGACAAAGAUGCAAAGAAUUAAAACCAGCAGAAUGGUGCUUUUAUCAAACCACAUGUUUUUACUGUUAAUGUCUCACUUUGUAAAUAUUCAUUGUCAUAAGAUAUUGUGAAAUAUUUGCAUCUGUGUCACUUUUGUAUGUUAAAAAAAUGUUUUGUGGGGAAAUAUAUUUCAUCAAAAUUUUAAUUCUAAAUUUUGUUGUGAACAAGAGAGAACAUUCUAAAAUGCACUAAAAAUGAUGUAUUGUAACUUUAGUAUGCUUGUGUUCCUUUUCGUUUUUCUUUUAAGCAGUUGGAUAGAAGUAACAGCUGUAAAUGGUAAUUUGAGAAAUUUUUUUAAUUCUUAUUUGAAGCUUU